CAAAAACUGCGAAAACAACAGAGUCCAUAAACAUAAACAAAAAACAGACCGCAAAGAGCCAAACCCAUAAAGGCAAAUGGAGCAGCAGCAAAACCAGCAACUUGAAAUCAUCCCUGCAAAACCAUUCACCAAUUUGCCUCAAUCAACCCAAAUCGAGUUCCUUUCCUUCCACCCAGAGGUGGAUAAAUAAGUUAGUUAGCACUAAGUACCCAAAACAAAGAAGAGAAUUUUCUGUGCUCUGUUUCUCAUCUCCAGAGCAACACAGGUCUGUAAAAUUGAUUCUCCUCUUACUCUGUUCUUUCCUUUUUUUUUUUUUUGGGGGGGGGGGGGGGGGGUGGAAUGAUCCGAUCCCCCGUCGUCACUUUCAGAAAACUGGGGGGACGUGGAUUGCUAGGCUGUCUAGUUUUUGGAAUUGGGUUGGCUUUGGAAUUGGAAACAAAGAAAUAUGCUCUGUUUCAGAAAGGAGAAGAAAACAGAGACAAAAAAACGGAGCUUUCUUUCUUCUUUUGUGAGUGAUGAGUUUCGUUUUUUUGUAUAAAGCUAACGCCUUUCUUCUUCUCCCAAACUUAUCAUAGGUGGGAGUGAUCAAAAGAAUAAUAAGAAGAGAAGAUGGUUCUGUUCCCGUCUUUCUUCAACGGGUUGGCGAGAACGGUGUCCUCCACAUCGUCGUCGUUGAAGAAAGCGAAGAGCAUGGAGAAAGAUUCCGCCGCCGCUGCCGCCGACGGCGGCGGAAAGCAAGCUGCGGAGGAGCUGGCUAAGGAUGCUAAAAGGAAUGAGCUGAUUCUGAGCUCCUCUGGGAUUGUGAAGUCGACCAAGUCCAACAAUUUCUCAUCCGUUUGCUCCAGGAGAGGCCAGAAGGGCGUCAAUCAGGAUUGUCUCGUCGUUUGGGAGGAAUUUGGGUGCCAGGAAGACAUGACGUUCUGCGGGGUGUUUGACGGCCACGGGCCGUGGGGACACGUGGUGGCGAAAAGGGUUCGAGAAUCGGUCCCGCCAUCUCUGCUCUGCAACUGGCAGAAGACUCUGCAAUCCUCCCUCGACGUGGAGAUGGAGUUGGGGCUAGUGAAUGAAAAUGAAGACUUGCUUCUCCGCCAUAGCAACCAGCAGCAUCGGUUCGAGAUCUGGAAGGAGUCGUAUCUCAAGACCUACGCCGCCGUUGAUCAGCAGCUGAAGCAGCUGCAUCCCAAGAUCGACACUUUCUUCAGCGGCACCACUGCUCUCACCAUUGUCAAACAGAGGAACCAUCUGAUUAUAGCCAACGUGGGCGAUUCAAGAGCCGUAUUGGCCACAACUUCCGACAACGGCACCCUGUCCGCCGUCCAACUCACCGUCGAUUUCAAGCCCAAUCUCCCCCAGGAAGCAGAGCGCAUCAAGAACUCGAGAGGCAGAGUGUUCUGCCUCCAGGACGAGCCCGGAGUAUACAGAGUAUGGCGGCCGAGCGGCAAAACGCCGGGGCUGGCGAUCUCGAGAGCUUUCGGGGACUACAGCAUCAAGGAAUACGGCCUGAUCUCGGUCCCCGAAGUGACCCAAUUGAGCGUCACGAGCAGGGACCGGUUCGUGAUUCUGGCGAGCGACGGGGUCUGGGAUGUGGUGUCGAAUCAGGAAGCCGUGAGGAUCGUGGCGGCGGCGGCGGCGAGUGGAGGGAGGGAGAAGUGUGCGAGGAGGCUGGUGGAGUACGCGGGUCGGGCGUGGAAGCGGAAGAGGGGCGGGGUGGCGAUGGAUGACAUGUCGGCGAUCUGUCUAUUUUUUCAUGAGGUCGAGGUUGAGGCAGAGUCAGAGGCGGCGUCGCCGGCGGCGACGGAUGGUGGCGGUGUGGGGAGUGAGAAGAACGGGAAGUGUUUGGAUUAAGGACGUCGGAGGAGAUGUAAAGGGGAGUGUGAUGUUGUAACGUAUAAGGGUUUGGUGAUGUUUAUCAAGUGGAUGGCUGAUUCAAGGUUUUACUAAUGGAAAUUGUGGCAGAGUAUACUGAGAUUCCAAAGAAUGGAAAAGAAGGAUGAACAAAAAAAAAAAAUACAUAUUAUUACAGUUUGUACUUCCAAUUGUGUUUUUUUCUUUUGGGUCUUCUUGGCGUUUUUGCGGAACCGUAUCGUAGUUGUACUGGAUAGGUCAGUCGUAACUUUUUUUUAUGCUGAAAUCGUGAUUCAACCUUUUUAUAUCGUCUACUCAUUUCGUUUCCGAUAAUACAUUUUUUCUUUGGUAACCGUCGCUGCAAUUCCUUGUUCCAAAGUUAAAAGAUACCAUAUUUAUAGAUUAUCAUAUAUUUGAGCAACUAAGUGAGUGUGGGAAGAGGGUCCAGGGUCUACUAUUUAUAGGAGCAAAAAACUCAUAAUAUUCCCUCUUUUUUUGGGAAUAAGUCACAUUUUAAUUAAAAAGAUAAUUACUUCUAUAAUUAGAAUAUAUUAUAUUAAGAUAAUUAAUCCUAAUUAUCUCCAUAAUAUUGUUUUUAUUAAUUAUCCUUCUUAUUUUCGUAUCUAGAAAGAAUAUUGAAUAAUUAAUUCAAUAUAGUUUUCAAAGCUAUUUAUUCCCUACAGAGUAUUUUUGUGAUAAAAUUGUGCCUCAAUCAUUACGUAUCGCUAAAAUUCACCUAUCGAUUUAGAGUCAUUUGUUCAGUCAAAUCGUCGAUACAACACAUAAUAGGUUACAAGAUUUUUUGAAGUUAUGAUAUGUAAAUUUAUCAUGAAUAUGCUUGCGAAAAUGUAGGAUCCACCUUAUUACUAAUGAAUUCGACUGAAUAUUAGACACUAAAUGCACAACCAACAUAAAAAAUGGGACUUGUUUGUCUAAAUUUCAUAAUGUAAAAGGGCUUCUUUAUUAAAGUAGUGUUAUCAUACAAGUGCUUAAGCUAUUAUCAACUGAAAAAUCAGCAACAAAAUAUUUCUUUACCCCCCUUAUUUGUUGGGUUGCCAUGCGGUGUUCUAAAACCCUAAUUGUUGGUUGAAUGGCUUAAUUAUCAAUAUGAUAUUUAUAGAGUCAAAUAAUUCAUUAAUUGUUAAUGUGAUAUUCAAUUUUGUGGUAUUUAAAAUAUUUUGUUUGAUUAAUGUGAUAUUUGACAUGUGUUAUUUGAUAAUAACAUAAAAAUUAAAAUGAGUUCUUUUUAAAUAACUCACUAUUCAAAUUAGUCAUUUCAGUCAAGUGCUUGAUUCCACUUAAGUGGAUAUAACUAGGGGCGGAAAUUAGGGCGGGUGUGGUUACCCGCCCCACAUUUUGUGGGUACCCACACCCAUGAAUUUAUAAUUAUGCUACCCACAACCCACACCGCAGUGGUUAGUGGGUAACUACUACCCACUGUGGGUUUGUGCGGGUUGGGUGUGGUUACCCACAGAAAUCUAUCUUUGCAAGCAUAUAGUUCUAGUCGCCACUAACGUAUUUGUUGUUCGUAACUAGACUAUAGUGAUAUACACUUGUGUUGUUCGUGGAGAUACAAUUUUGUACAUCGAUUUUACUCAACGUGAAGAUUUUUUCUUUUUGAGUUUGGUAUUCAAAUUUUGUGUCAGGGAAAAAAUUAAAUAUGAUCUUGUAUUUUUUAACACAAAAGCAAAAACAUACUGAUAAAACUUACAAAAAGUGUUAACUUUUAAUGAAUUGAUUAUUCUCCA